AGUAAUUUGCAAGGGGCGGUGCAGGGAUGGGGAGGGGGGGGGCGUCCCGCCCCCCCCGAUCACAUGGCGACCCCGCGCAGCCAAUGCGGGGGGCGCUAGGACCCCGGGGACCCGCGGCCCCCCCCCGCCCUAUAAAUGCCUCUCCAAAAUGCAGCGGAGGUCCUUUCUCUUGUCCCGCCCGGCCGCGCUGCUCCGCGCCCCGCGCAGCCGCCGCUGCUGCUUGGCGGGUCUCCGUCCCUGCUCCGCGUCCCGCUCCUUCCCCCUCCCCUUUUCCUUUUUUUUUUUUUUUUUUUUUUUUUCCAUAAUUGUAUUUUUUAAUUUUUUUUUUUUUUUUUUUUUUUUUACACACCCCCGUCCCGUUUUUCUCCUCUGCCCCCUCCCCGCGGCCGGUUUGCAUGCAUUGUCUGUCUCCCAAGAUGGUUUGUGAGACCAAGAUUGUGGCGGAAGAUCAUGAAUCAAUCCCGGGAUCCAAAAAAGACACGAUCAUUGUUUCUUCCUCCCAGAUGUGGCCCUCUUUGGCGGGCUCCCCUUCCUCCCCCUCGCCUCCCCUCAGCUCCCCGAAAGCGGACCCCAGGCGCGACAAUGUCUAUAUCCGUGAAUUCCACCCCUCGGAGCAGGAGGUGGUGCGCCGCAUAUUUUACGAGGGUAUCAUGGAGCGGAUCCCCAACACGGCGUUCAGGGGGCUGAAGCAGCAGCCCCUCACUCAGCUGCUCUACGGGCUGCUGGCGGUAAUAUGCUUUGUUGUGACCAAGUCCUUCCUGCUGACCUGCUGUUUGCCCAUCUUUCUGAUGGGCAUGAGGUACUACUUCAGUAGAAAAGUUAUCCUCCACUAUCUCGAUUGUGCGCUGCAUACGGACAUGUCCGAUAUUGAGCAAUAUUACAUGAAACCGCCAGGCUCCUGCUUCUGGGUCGCCGUCCUGGACGGCAACGUGGUGGGGAUCGUGGCAGCGCGGGGCAACGAGGAAGACAACACGGUGGAGCUGCGCCGCAUGUCCGUCGACUCCAACUACCGCGGCAAAGGGAUCGCCAAGGCCCUGGGCCGCAAAGUGCUGGAGUUCGCUAUGCUCAACAACUACUCCUCUGUCGUGCUGGGAACCACGGCCGUGAAGAUGGCAGCCCACAAGCUCUACGAGUCCUUGGGGUUCAAGCACGUGGGUGUCGUCGAACAUUACGCCCUGCCGGGGAUGACGCGCUCCUUACUGGAGAGAAUGUUUUUCCAACUCCGCUACCACCGCUACCGCCUGCAGCUGCGGGAAGAAUAAAAAAACCCAGCCAACCAAACACACACACACACAAAAAAAAAAAAAAAAAUAUUUUUUUUUUCCUCCUCCUCUCCCUUCAAAAAUAACAAAUUACCCUUCUAUUUCUCAUCACUGUUGAUUUGCCAAUUUUGGGUUGAGUUUUCGUUCCCUCACGUCAUCUUUUGGUUUGCUCCGUGCAGCUCGAUCGGCCGGCCGAGCAGCGCUCCUUCCUCGCAUGCUGUAGGUGGUGGUGCUGGGAGUCCUGCGACCCGGCGGGGCAGAGCGGAGCGGAGCAGCGGCCUCUCCUUCCCAGGUACCUCCUCAAAGCACAGAAACUAAACUGCAGACUAGUACCACUGCUCUGGUGUACAUAGUCCUCUCCUUUUCCAAAUGUAAGAUAACAUUAGUGAUGCAUUCAUAAUAGUGCAGAAAUAUUACUUGAAUGCAGUUUUCAGUAUUUCAUGCACCAGUAAGUAGAAUAUGCAUUUGUCUUACCGUUAUUUACUGGUUAAUAGUUUUCAAAGAAAAGGUGGGGGGCCAACCCUCCCCUGCCCCAACCUGCUUGCUACAAUGCAUGAAGAGGAAAGCGCGUGCACGCACUCAAACACAUCGCACUGCCACCACGGCACUGGUGUUGCACUUUUUUUGGAUGUGCCUCAUUCUGCCAAAUGUCUGAGAGACCCUGGGUGCAUCCGGUAACCACGACUCCGCUCCAUCCCCCCCCCUCCUUCCUAAGCCAGCACAGACUCGGACCGGCUGAACUCUGAGCCCCAUUGUACCAUAGUGUGAAGUUAAGAUCAAACCUAAAUAUCUCCUGCGCUGUUCUGUAGCCACGCGUAACCUGCAGUCCUGGGCCAGACUCCGCAUGUGCGUUGGACUUUCUCUUUGCUGCCUUUUGGGGGUUUUUUGUUUGUUUGUUUUUUAUUUUAUUUUUAAGGGGGGUUUUUUGUUGUUGUCGUUAUUAUUUUUUAGUUUUAGCUUUUGCUGAAUGGUGUCAUUGAGGCGUAAUGGAGGCUGCAGUUCCUAUGGCAACACAUUUGCACAUUAAUGUGCGCACCAAAUUUAACCACUUCAGAGAAGCAACGUGUGACAGAUAAUAGCAUUUUGGGGAGUGCCGUGGGGGGGAGGGGGGUAUGGGGUGUCGGGGGGGAAGAGCAUACUUAUCUUAACCAGCUGCUUGUUUGAUAAAUGUAGAUGGCCUCACUGCAGCCUUCCAUCAAAGGUAAUUAACUGCUUUAAUGAUGUCAGAUUUGUGAAUUGUACAAUGCAAAAAGCAAUGCAAAGCAGAUUCGGCAUGUGUCUGUACCCGGUAUGUAUGUACAGUGCCUGCCAACUAAAAAAUAACCAAGACUACAGCUUCUUCUAGCCUGAGAUAUCAACUUUUAUAACUUAUUUAAACAAAUAGCAACUCUGCAUGAAUUACGCCUUGGGGAAAAAGAUCGGUAGGUUUUAAUUUUUAAAACGUGGUAUCAGAAGUAUACGUAAAACCAUUUCUGGCUGCACUUAAUUUGGGGUGGGUGGAGGGGUUCAGCUCUGUUAACACAUUUAAAGGGAAAAUCCCAUUAAUUUAGUUCCUGGGGGGAAAAAAAAAAAAAAAAAAACAAAAAAAAACACAAAGUUACUAUUUUAGGAAGUAUUAUGUGCGUGUGGGGAGGGGCAAAAAACCCCACCACCUAUCGCGAUGAGCUUGAUGACCGGGUGGAGCACGUGUUAACCGCGCUUGUUGCACUUGCAAACACAAGGGGAGCACCGGCGGGAGAGCCCCGGGGGGGCGGCGGCGUGGGGAGCGGAGCGGGGACCGGGGCGGGCGGAGGGGCGGCAGCACCGACCCCCGGCUGGGGCGCAGCGCGGCCCGCGAUGCGGGGCGGGGCCCGGGGGGCGGGGCCCGGGGGCGGGGCCGGGGGGCGGGGCCGCCGCUUGGCACAACCCGGCAGCGCUGGGGGCGGGGCUCGGGCUCGGCCCGGCCCCUCAGGAGCCGGAGGGGCGGAGUCCCGGCGUGUGUCCCUGCAAUAAGGGGGGAAAUGAGGGUGGUGAAGGGCACUGUAGCAAGAGACCGUGAGCUUAAUUAACAAAAUUUCUGUGUGGGGCACUAUAUUUUUAAAAGUCUUUCUAUGCUGUACAUUUCUCCUGAAGCUGAAAUAAUGUACUGUUGGUAGGGGUUUUUGUAUAGUGUACAGAAAUUGGCAGAAUAUUUUCUUGCUGCAUUCAGUGAUUUAUUAACCGAAGUAAAAUAGACAAAUAUAAAGUCUUAGCAAAAGUUGAAAGAAAAAAAAAAAAAACAAACAGUUUGUGCCUUUUUUUAGUUUAUUUUUCUGUUGCUAUAUAAUCACUGCACUAAAACCUUUACAGAGGGGAAAAAAAUAGGAAAAAAAAAAAAAAACAAAACCAAAAAACAAACACUAGUCUCUUAAUAAGGGAGGAAUACGUAAAGCCUAAAUUAAGCAUUAAUUUUUUUAUUGGGAUAUUUAAUUAAAAGAAUGUUGCUGGUUUUAUUUGAUACCUGUGCCUUUGUAAUGAAACUCCACAUCCUGUCAGAAAAGCCAAACCUGGAAUAAAUCCCACCAGAUCCCACAGAUGCAGAAGUACCACCAGGUUACCAGUAUUUUCUUUUAAAACAUGUAAACCUUAACUGAUGAUAUUACAGCAUCCGAUCGUAUAAUACCUGUUGAGUUGCCUGGGAAAAAGGUGCUUUGGAAAGGUGCAGCUUUGAGGGUGCUGUCUGCAUUCCUCCCCGGGCACGCCGGAUGCUGGAGAUGCACUGAUCAGGAUUGAGUCCUUGCCACUUGGCCAGUAGCUGCCGAGCAAAUUUCUUCCCUUAACGCUUUUUCCCGUUGCUUUGUGACCAGGCUCUUUGGAAGAAAUCCAGCCGGUUGCUCCCAGCUCUCCAGCCGGGACAGCUCGUUUCUGAAGGAAAGGGCUGACUGCCAAAUAGGCCGGGUUUUGCUUUCCUUGGAAGACGGAGAGGUCUGGCAGGUGAAACACCGCUGAUCGCAGCUCUGGUUUCUAUUGGAAAGCCCACGUGGCUGCUGGAGCUGCAUCCCUGGUAGCAGCAGUGGGACCAGGGGUACAGGACUCGGGUGUUGCUGCUGCUUUCCCACCCAGAGCUGCUCUGAAUAGGAUUAGACGAGGUUGGGCUUAAAAGCAUCAAGUGAUACUGUUGUUUCAUCUGCAUUCAUGGGAAGUUUCCUUUAAAUGUGAUAGCCUGAGCUUCUUGCUUCUCCUGCACUAGAUUGCCGCGCUCGGCACAGCCCAGCAUGGGGACCACCCCCAUUCCCCUUUCUCCAGGCUGGAGUGUCACCUCCUGACUCUUCCCAUCCCAGCUCAGCGGCCGGGUGGGUGCAGAGCAGCGCAAGAUGAUUUGGCUUGGUCCUAAGCAGAGGAGCUUGUAACCUUGGACCUGCUGCUAGAAACCGCUUGAAUCCUAUUGCCAGUUGUUGAGUCUUAAUUCCAACAGAGGCUCGUGUCAGUGCGAGAUGGGAUGGGAUGCUCCUUAAUUUAUUUUGGUGGUUUCUUCUUCCAAGGACACUUCUAUCUGGAGCGCAGGGAUGAGUGGAGCAACUCUUGGGUUUUAGCCUCGGUGAAUGUGGUGGCUAGUAAGACUGCUUCAGCUUUAGGCAGCGGCUGUGUUGGAGAUGUGAAGGACCUUCCCCCAGCUGUGCCAGGCGCCUGCCCUUGCGCUGCAGGUUCGGCUGCCCUUGUGCUGCAGGCUGGGCCGUGGCUCUCAGCUGUGGCGGUGGGCACUGCUCGGGUGUCCUCUGCUCUGGGGGGACUGGGGCAGAGCCCUCGGCACUGGGGAAGGCACCAGGCAUGAUGUCCAAAAAUUUUUUUAAAAAAAAAAGGAGGGGGGAGAGCUCUGCAUUGCCAUGGCUGAGGUCCACAGCCCUCCAGCGCAGCUUAGGCCAUUCCCUCUGGAGUGAGUGGGAGCACCCUGCCCAGCCUGAGCAAACUGGAAUCUCAAGCACUUGUAAUAUUUGGCAAUAAGCUCUGCAGGAAGCUUGGCCCCUGAAUGGAUCCGGACCAAUAAUGGUGAGCAAUCAAACCAACAAAGAAAGUGAUUUCAAAUGUUACUUGAAAGAUUUGAACUGGUAUUUGUUGUAAAUUCAUGCCGUGUUUUCCCUUCAGCGAAGCAGACAGCACCUGCAAUUGCUUAGAAGUGGCAGCUGUAAUUCAACUCUGCUGGGAGAGGCAGAAAAGUUUGGGGUGUUGCCAUCAGUCAAAAGCUGCUCUUCUCCUUUGCCGUGCAGUAUGUGGGAUGGUAUUUCUGUUUCGGAAGGUGUUUGUUGGAAGCAAGAUGAGUUUAGUGGUGUUACAGGGAGACACUAAGGAUGCUCUGUGCCCUCCGGGUCUGAGGUGCAGCAGCACUGCGGGUUGAGCUGGCUGGCAGCGUGCAGUGGGGGUGGCGUGGGGCACAAAAGCAAGUCCAGCAUUUGUGAUGCUGCAGAGGUAGUUACGCCCCUAAAGCUCACAGGGCACGAGCUGUUCUUCUGCGACGUGCAAGGUGGAUGCACCUAAUUUCUUAAAAUCCCGAGGGCCAGCUCUGCACCUUUAACUCAUUUCGGCAUCCUCCUACAGAGGGGGUGAACCAUGUGGGUACAUCUGUCCCCGGAGCUGGGACCUGGACUGUUGUUUCCCCUCUGCAUCUGUCCCCAUGGGAAAUGAGGAUGAUACUUUGGGUCACGGCAUCUGAAUUGAAUGGUCUUUAUGUAGGAGAAGCAGGACUAAGGGUCGGUCAGCCUGUGGCUGCUGGGUUUCGGCUGUCCCUGUCGGGGCCCCGGUGCCGCACGGCUGCAGCGGGAGCAGAGGGCGCGCGGUGCUGGGGGGGAUCGGGCCCGCCCUUGCUGUGGCCGACUGUGAGAACAGAAAGUCCCAGGGUCAGAAGGCCCGAGGGGACUGCGGUGUUAGAAAACCUCAUCACUACCCUUGCUGCUGCCCGUGGCUCACUGAACCGUGUCCACCUGUGAUGCAGGUCUGCUGCCUUUUAAUUUGCCACAUUUGCUGGCUGAGGUGCAAAUGGACAGAGACUGACUGCAGGGAUUUCCGAAUUGCCAAACACACAAAGGCAGGAACCAGCUCCGGUUACCUCUGAAUUAACAAUCUCAUUUUCAAUGUGCUGGGAGCCUGUGUUUCAUUAGUGCUAGUGUGAUGCUGUUGGUAUGCACUCGAUUUAAAGCUUAAUAAAGGCAUUUUAAUUCCACGCUAACUGGAGUCAUGCGGUGGAAUAUACUGUAACACGUAAAGAAAACAAAGGGAUGCAAACUUAAAUAAGCUUUAAGAUGCAAAAGGAUCAUUUUCUCUGUUUUUUUUUUUUUCUCCCUCAAAAUAGAUCCACACAGAAUCUUGAGGAAAAAAAAAAAGGUGUGCUCUUGCAUCCCUCAGUAAUAGAGACUAUGCACACAGAUUAUGCUUAUCUCCCACACAAAACCUGCUACCUGAAUGAUCAUUUGGAGUACCUUUUGUUGAAAAUAGAACAAGAGAAUAGUUUGAAAAACAGAGUUCAGUUAAAACACAAUAUGAUUUAAAAUAACAAGCUCUAAGUCAGCAUUUGGAGUUUGGUCACUGUUUCAAAUCGCUGUUCCGUUCUGUCUUUCUAUUACAUGAUGGUCAGCUGUGGGAGAGAAUAUGCUGGUAACAUCUAAAUAUUAGAUGAUGGAUUUACUGAGACCAAGAGCAUAACAAAUAUAUAAUGCAACUGUAAAUUUAUUUACAAGUAACACAUUUGAAUGCAGAAGCAGCUACUGCUAUGUAAGCGUAAUGAACAUAUAGCUAACGUUGUUUUUGAUUUAUUUUCCUCCAAAGCUUAGUCCUUUCCACUUGUAAUAUGUACAUUUGCUUUUUUUAAAAUAUAAUUAGGUUUAACAAAGCAUCUGUUGCUUUGUGAGUUGUACUUAUGAUUGUGCUGGGCCGUUAGCUUUAAGCAGUUUGUGUGCUUGUGUUAUUUUAUUAAAGCAAAAGUCUUUUUGAGACAAAUGCGGUAAAGGUAAAGGAAAAAAAGAAAUAUUUUUUUGGUAGUGUUAAGCAGAUGUAUGGUAUGCAUUUGGAAAAUGUCCAAUGUCAGUUGAAAAAAAAAAAAAAAAAAACAAAACCAAACCAACAACCAACAAACAAAA